UUGAGGAGCUGUUGCCCAUCUUUCUUGCUGUCUUGAAAUGAAGAAAAAAAAAACCUUACCUGUGAUUUUGAGUUCUCGACUCCUCCCAAAGGGUGGGUCUACCUUCUUUAUAUCAGUGUGUUUCAUGCUCAUAGACUUCAAAGUUUUUCAAGAAAUCCCACUGGAAGCAACCAGCCUUCUGUCCUCUAUGAACCAGUGAGAAUGAGUUCUGGAAAAGCUCCACCUCCAUAUGGGGGAAAGUUUACCAUCGCUCUGUUCGGAAUGGGAAAUCAGAAAGCCAUUGAAGACAACCUUCUCAAUGGUGUUAUAGAUAACUGUAUCAUGUCGAACAACAUUGUCAUGCAAGAGAACAAGUCAUUUAGAGUCAUUAACACACAUCAUUUCUUCGAUGAAGAAUGUCUGCAACCGGACCAACAGGUUAUUGACAUCAUGGCGCUGUCUCAUCCUGGCCCGCAUUUGUUCAUACUGGCAAUAGACCCAGACGACACCCAAAAUAAAGUUCUGGCUCAAAUCGAUAAACUAACUGAUACCUUUGGAGAAAAGAUCAUGUCACAACUAGCCGUCAUGUUACCAAACGCUAAAACCUUCAACUCACUCGAUUAUCUGGAAAAAUCAGACAUCAAACUGGUGAUGCUUUCUGAAGAUCUUGCCAGUGACUGUAGGAAGUGUUGCAAUGGGUUUCCUAAUUUCACCUAUGCCUACACCAGCUACAGUAAUGGCGUGGUACUUAGAAGAAAAGAAGCCUUGGAGCGAAGAAGAAACGCUGAACAUCUGAACCAUUGGACAUCAGGCAAUAACGCCAUGAGUCAGUCAUGCUGUGCUCCUCCUGCCCCCGAUAGUCAGACACCUGGACGUCACAUUGGUCACGCAGGCCAUGAUGUUCCUGAGAUACCAAACAUUGUCCUGCUGGGACUAUCUGGGACUGGAAAGAGUGCAUCUGCAAACACCAUCCUGGCUGCAGGGACCACCCCGCUGAAUUCAAGACAGAUUUUUAAAUCUGAACCCAGCUCCAUGCCGGUCACAACCCAAUGUCAGUUCAGAGAAAUCGGGCUAUUUGGAACGCAGGUGAGAGUGGUCGACACUCCAGACUUCCUUAACGACCAACUCCAAAACUGCGAGGCCCACAUAGAGCAGUGUAAGAGGUACUGUAAGCCAGGGUGCUGCUUGGUUUUACUGGUGAUACAGAUCAGCAGGUUCACUGAUAAAGAGGUAGGAAUAUUAGAAAAGCUGGAGGAGAAGCUCUGCUGGAAGAUCAGGGAGAAUACAAUCGUCCUGCUGACCCAUAGAGAGGACCUGCAAGGAGAUCUGUUCCAGUUUAUUAGGGGACGUCCUCCUCUCUGCAAAAUUGUUGAAAUGUGUGAACAUCGUUUUCAUGCAUUCAACAACUCCAAAAAAGACACCAAGCAGGUCAUAAACCUCGUAAAAAAAUUUCACAAUUGGCAACAUUUUUUCCCGCAGUUAGCAAAGCAACCACGAGAGCCUGCUUGUGAAAUAAGCUAGUCACAUGCAUAGACUGUAAAUAUUAAUAGACGAAGCCUGGGUGACGUCAGCCAUCUGUUCCUGCAGGGGGCUCUGGAGGCUCAUCAGCAGCAGCCGCCAUGUUGUAAAUCCUGUCUCAGACUAACUUUCAGUCAACCUAACGACAGGCUGAGAGCUGGAGCUGAGGCUGGUUUUAAACCUCCUGACAAACAGUUACAUCACGCCCACCUGUCAAUCAUGUCAGCUACCCGCCUAACUAUGGAUAACAAGUAUCGUUCAUAAAAAUCAAAACUGAGCCGUUUAAAAAAAAUUCUCCCCCCCCAUACAGUCUGUGCAAGUGAUGACAAUAACUAAUCAGACCUAUUUAGUUUUUUGUACCAGGCUGUAAACAUGUUUAUUUAUGCUGUAAAAAAACCUUUUUUGCCUGUGGUGUAUGUGACUUAUGGUGUUCCUGGAGCCUCAAGUGGACACUCAAUGAACUGCAGGAUUUUGCACUUCUGCAUUGGCUCCAUUUUUCAAGACUGGAGGUUGCCGCUUAGUUAUAUGUGAGUGAACUGCAACUACUGAAAGUUCUUGAGUUAAAAAUGAACUCUACUGAUGCAGCAAUGUACAACAUCUUACAGUGCAUAAAAAUCAAUGCAGAAGAAAUCGACAGGUCACCUUUUUACUAUUCUAUCUUGUCACACCUGUAAUCUCAGAUUACCUACCAGGAACUGCACAACAACCUAUAAGAGAUUCAGGUGCAUGUUGCAUUUUUAUGCUGUGUUUUUGAUUGUGUUCUUUUGAUUUCCCUUCAAAUACAUAUAUAUUGGGGGAAAGUGUAAGUGUAAGUUUAAACCUCUAAAGUCAUGUUAACCUCUGUUUAACUUUAUUAGUAUGAUAUCGCCUUUCAUACUAAUGCAACCUUUAAGUCAAUUUAAUGUAUCCUUCUGUCUUUGCUGCAAAUGGUUUAUCACUAACAGACAUUUUGGAUAGUUUAAUGAUAAAGUUGAUGAUCUUGGUCACAGUUCUGUAAUAAAAAUACUUUAUGGUGGAUGUUGAUGUAUUUGGGGCAACUGUAACGAUCGAAUUUCCCUCUGGGAUUAAUAAAGUAUUUCUGAUUCUGA